GCGGGCGGGUCUCCGGCGGCGCCAAGGCGGGUCCGGGGCUGCCGUCCCUCCCGCCGGGGCGGGGACGGGCCGCUUACAUACCGGGAAAGCCCCGGCCCAAGUUUCGUUUGUGUCGUCUCGGGAUAGCGGCAGCCGCAGCGAUGGCGGAGCCGAGAGUGUCGGCGCUGGAGAAGGAACCGGCGUGCGGCAUGUGCUUCUCCCUCUUCGGCUGCCCCUUGACCUUGCCCUGCGGGCACUACUUCUGCAUCUACUGCCUGGAGGUCGUCUGGGCCCAGAUGUCGAAGAAAUUCUGCUGCCCGGCGUGCAAGGCCACCUUCGAGGGCUACUCGCAGCUGCGGAAGAACACGGCGCCGUGCCCGGUGUUGGAGCAGCACCAGGACUGCACCGGGCCCGAGGAGGAGGAGGAGGAGGAGGAGGAGGAAGUGAGCACCGUUCGCUGCGACAGCUGCCUACAGGGACCCGCCGUGCGGACCUGCCUCACCUGCACCGCGUCCUUCUGCGCAGAGCACCUGCGGCCGCACCAGGACAGCCCGGCCUUCCGCGACCACCAGCUCUGCACGCCCCUGCACGACCUGCAGCAGCGCAAGUGCCCGCACCACAAGAAGCUCUUUGAGUUCUUCUGCAGCGAGCACGGCAGCUGCAUCUGCUCCCUCUGCCUUCUCGGGCACAAGCUGUGCCACACCAGCCCCCUGGAGCUGGCCAAAGCCAACACCGAGGCAGCGCUGAAGAAGAGACUCACGGAGCUACAUAAUCAGAAUGAAAAAGCUGCUCAGGCAAUGAACACCUUGAAAACAAACCAAGGCUAUGCUGCUGAGACAAUUUCCAGAAAGAAAGAUUUGAUCCUAAGUGAAUUUUCAGAAAUUAAAGCUUUAAUUGAAGAAAGAGAAAUUCAGAUCUUGAAAAUAGUUGCAGAUGAAGAAAAAAGAGUUUCAAAUAAGUUUGAUUAUAUUUAUGGCGUUCUGGAAAGUAAGAAGAAUCAAACGCAGUCUCUCUCUGAUCGGAUUGAGAUGGUACUGACUGAAGCUGAUGACAUUCUGUUUUUGAAGAGAGCGACAGCACUGCAACAAAUAUCAACAAAAGAUGCUUUUGUUCCUGUGGUUGAAAUAGACCAAAACUUGUUACAUUCUUCUUACCAGUCUGCCAUUAACCUUAAAGACACUGUGAAACUUUCAAUGACUCCAUCUAAGGAGAAAAAAGUGGAAGCAGAAGUAACACCUUGGAGAAAUAAGGCCCCUCCCAACAAAAACAUAAAGAAGCCUCUAGGACCACAGCAUACUUACAAAGAGAAAAUCCCUCAGCAGACUCAAGCCGCUUCGCCAGUGGAGGCAGAUACCAAGGAGAAAAAGAAACCUGCUAAAGUUGCACCAGGCAUAGGAAUACCAAGUGCUCCAGCUGCUGUUCCAGUUAAAGAGCUUCUUGACAUCUUUCUGAAGAAACCCAGAGAGGAGUUUUUGCAGUAUGCUGCUGACAUCACGCUGGAUUACAACACAGCUCAUAACAAAGUGAUUCUGUCUGACAGAUACACCAAGAUGUCUGUUUCAGACACCCCCCUGAAGUAUAACGAGCACCCUCGGCGCUUCACUGAUUGUUACCAAGUGCUGGGCGUCCAGUGCUUCAAGAGAGGCAUCCACUACUGGGAAGUGGAAAUGCAACAGAACAACUUCUGUGGCAUUGGCAUCUGCUACGGCAGCAUGGAGCGGCAUGGGCCGGAGAGCCGCCUGGGCCGGAACAGCAGUUCUUGGUGUAUUGAGUGGUUUAAUAGCAAAAUAUCAUCCUGGCAUAAUGAUGUUGAAAAGUGCUUACCCAGUACGAAGGCUACUAAGAUUGGUGUGCUGCUCCACUGCGAGGCAGGGUUUGUGAUUUUCACGGCUGUGGGGGAGAAACAUAACUUGAUCUAUAAAUACAAAAUCAAGUUUACUGAAGCCGUGUACCCUGCCUUCUGGUUAUUUUCCAGUGGCACUAUUCUGACUCUCUGCCAAAUGAAAGAAUGAGGUCUCGUAUCUUAAUUGAGUUUGCCUAAGUACUUCCAUGCAGAUGGCCAGGCCUGUAGCAGCUUUUUGUAUGUCUUAGUUUAAGAAAUGAAAAUUAUUAGCUCUUCUAAGCAGUUUGGGAAAUCUGCUGAUUCUUCAGUCUGAAUUGCUGAAGUAUUUAGAUAAUGAUUUAGUAAAAUGAUGAUAGUAAAAACUGUGAUGAAGGGUUUUGCAAAGACCUCGAUUGUCCUUCUAAAAAGGUAUGAAUCGUUGUUAAAAGUCUUCAGUAGCUGCUGUGGCUCCUGUGGUUUGUUGUAAAGGACCUCAGAAUUAAUUUCUAGAUCUAAAUGUGUUUCACAGGUAGCAAUAACCCCUUUGAGAAAGAAACAGGAAGAAUUCCUUGACAAAUUCAGAUUCCAGGCUUUGAGGUAG